ACACGGAAGGGCCCGGAACAAUUAUGCGAGGACCAACUUACAAACGCAUCAAACAUGUCUGAUGAUGUUCGCUACUGCGCGACGUGCUCGUACUUCUUCCUCAAGUUUACUUUAAUCGCAUAUGCUACCGUUUUCUGGCUUAUAGGUGGGUUUAUUUUGGCCAUCGGUAUUUAUGCAGAGGUGGAGAGGCAGAACUACAAAACCCUGGAGGGCAUCUUCCUCGCCCCGGCUAUCCUCCUCAUCGUCCUGGGGUUGAUGAUGUUCUUCGUUUCCUUUGUCGGGGUGUUGGCUUCGCUCCGGGACAACCUGGUCCUUCUCAAAGUGUUCCUCUACACGCUGGGUGUUUGUCUAAUCCUAGAGCUCCUGGGUGGACUUUUGGCUCUGGGGUUCAGGAACCAGACUGUAGAUCUUCUUAACAAAAACGUCCGUAAAGGAAUGGUGAAUUACUAUGAUGAUCUGGAUUUCAAAAACAUCAUGGACUUUGUUCAGAAAAAGUUCCAGUGUUGUGGAGGCCUGGAGUACAAAGACUGGGAGGUGAACAUGUACCAUAACUGCACGGCGCCGGGACCCUUGGCUUGUGGGGUCCCUUAUACCUGCUGUCCCCGCAAUCCCAGUGGAGUUGCCAACACAAUGUGUGGGUACAAAGUUCUUAAUAAAGAGAGACUUGAGCUCACAGACAUCAUCUAUGUGCGUGGUUGCACAGAUGCUGUGUUCAUAUGGCUCAUGGAUAACUACAAAAUCAUGGCUGUGCUACUUUUGAGCAUCUUGCUUCCUCAGUUUUUCGGGGUAGUUGUGACCUGGCUGUACAUCACUCGUAUAGAGGACGCCAUCCUGGAGUACGAGAACUACCAGGACAGCCUUCUGAACAGUGGAGAGCAGCGCAACCCCAAAAACCAGAGCAAGAUGGCAAAGUGCUGCAAAUGCAUGCCUCUGUUUGACUGAGUGCACCCUGCUUGAGGCCCUGCAACUGCAUAGGACUAAAGAACCUUCCAGUAAACGAACCCAGUCACUGUGUCAAACAGGAUACGCUGUGUCAUUUCCGCAGUCUCAAUGUUCUUCACACAUACUUCUGUAGUUUUUUAUUGAUUGUACUGUCCAACAAUGCUCAGGGUUCUUCAGGCCACGAUUGACAGCACUUUACAAUAGAUGGUGACAGCGAUGAAUUUGAUACCACCUGAACCCUGCAGGUUGGUAAAGAGCUCUUUCAUGAAAACACUCCUGAAUUAUCUAUAUCAACCAAUAUUAUAAUGUGUGGAGUUUUGCUUUUUUUUUAAUGCAUUUAUAGUCACUGGUCACGGUUUCAUAAUAGUUUAUUCGUUUCAAAAUAGGAACUGUUAUGAAUGUCCCACCUAACAGUAAACAUUUAUGCAAAUUUCAGUACAGGUGCCAUUUAUGAUACAAAAUGUACAAUAGUUUUACAUUUUGCAUUUCGGAGGAAUCUCUUGGGAAAUGCAGUGAUGUCCCAUCGUUAUUGUGCCAGAAGUAAUAGCUUUGUGUCCCUUAGCCAUAACCUAUAUUGACACUCCCUUGGCUUCUAAAGGACCGCCUGAACUACCUGCCAAAUGCACUGCACUGAGCAAGCUACACCUACAUUUAAAGAUGUUAGUCUAUGUAGUGGUUAGGUGACAUAUGUAGUUUAAUAUGGAACAGGGAUCCAUUCAAUGCCAAGGUUUAUAUCCUAAAUGUAGUGUAUGUGACAUAUCACAGUGUGACGAUAACCAUUAAAUUUAUACUAACAAUCCAGUAUUUUCACACUCAGCAUUCAUGAAGCUGUACAUGUCUUGGCAGCAAAUAUUUGAACAUCCAUGAUGUCUGCCACUAGGACAGGACGCCUAGCACUGCAAACACUGUAGUCCUUGCAUUGUGAUGACUUUGCCUGAAGGGCAAUAGUGGAUGGGGUUUUAAAAAUUAUUUAGAAAAAAUGAAUGAUUGUGGCAUGUACUUUGGUGACCCGUUUGCACAGUUUGAUUCACAUUAGGAUUUUUAUAUGAAAUUUGUCAUUCUUUUAAUUUUUUUUUUUCCAUUCAGGAGCAAUGUUGUGGUUUUCACAUUUGUUUUUUACAAGUGCAGUUAAUUAUCCUUCAGAGCGUGUGUGUGUGUGUGUGUGUGUGUGUGUGUGUGUGUGUGUGUGUGUGUGUGUGUGUGUGUGUGUGUGUGUGUGUGUGUGUGUGUGUGUGUGUGUAACGAGUUGCAAUAAAUGAUAAUAUACUGAUGGUAUUGUCUUUUUGGGGGGCUUAUCAUUUUUCGUCCAUAUUUUUGGGUUGUAUUCCCAUUUAAUCGUGUGUGUGUGUGUGUGUGUAGCUUUUGAUAAGAUCCUACAUGGUGCAUAAUGUCCAGUAUGAAAAGCCCCUUCAGA